GUAACCUGAGUAAACUACAACCCCCAACAGGCCACAUUUCACCUCCGGAGAACAGCCUGAUUACUUCUGGGUGAGAGAUUGCAUCCAAAAGUGGGCACAGAUUCCACAUGGAUGGAGGGAAAACUAACAGGGUUGGACAGAAGAGGAAAAAAAUGACUUUAGAGAGACUGGUUAAGGGGAUUAAAGGUUUAAUGAACAGCCUAUUGGACGUUUGAGGGAGUUUGUCACAUGGGUGCUCAUGUGCUUUACGCACCAAAAAAAAGAGGUUUGGAUAGUUUUUACUAUUAUCAGGUGACUUCUCUUUGGAGCCAAAAGUUGUGGAUGAGAUGUGAGAGGUGGUUUGGUUUGUUGGAGGACGGUGUGGACGGCAGGGGGAGACAGGGAGAAGGAAAGCGGCUCUGCGUGAGGCAGCAGCAGCCUACCUGUUGGAGGGAGACGCAGACCGAGGCGGCUGCGCGUGGAUCUGCGCGGAGAGAGCGAACAUGUCUGCCAAACUGUGGCUGUGCGCCUUUCUGACCAUUUACAGGACGCCGACCUGCCGCGGAUUUAACCUCGACGAGCGUUUUCCUGUGAUCAAAGUGGGGAAGACCAGCGGGAGCUUGUUUGGAUUCUCGGUGGCGCUGCACGAGCAGACGGAGGGCUCCAGACGGCACCUGCUCCUGGUGGGAGCUCCCAAAGAGAAAUCCAACGGCCUGAAGAACGUCAACGAGACCGGAGCUGUCUACAGCUGCCCCAUGUCCACAACGUUUGAUGACUGCACCCGAGUGGACCUGGUGACCCAAACAAAUUCAUUUGAGAUGGUGGAAGGCAUGUGGCUUGGUGUGACAGUGGCCAGUCAGAAGGGACAUCCAGCUGGGCGUGUGCUGAUGUGUGGACAUCGAUACGCUAAGGUCUUCACAGGAAGCACAGAGGAGCAGCGGCGGAUGAUCGGAAAAUGUUACGUGAGGGGCAACGACCUCACCUACGAUUCCAGUGACUACUGGCAGACUGAAAGCUAUGAGGUCUGCAACCCUGGGAAUGACAUGGAAUCUGAGGGCCAGUGCAACCUGGGCAUAUCUGGAGGCAUCGGACACACUGAUGUCUACCUCGGCGCUGUGGGCAGCUACACGUGGCAAGGAAACGUUCAUGUAAUCUGGAGGAAUCCUGACCCAUCAAGCACAUGGGAGACGAUCACCAAAGACUUUGGUGAAAUUGACAAACGAAACAUCUACAUGGGUUAUUCGGUUCUUGAAGAGCAGAAGCUGCUGCAGCGUGACCAGUAUACAGUGGUGACGGGGGCGCCGAGGUUUGAUUCAAAGGGCUUGGUGGUUCUUGGGGAGAUGAGUCAAUUAAAGAUCAAGGUCAUGCAGUUCAUCCCUGGGGAGCAAGUGGGCUCGUACUUUGGGAGCAGCCUGGCGGCCGCGGACCUCAACAAUGACGAUUGGAAUGAUCUGAUUGUGGGGGCUCCGUUCUACUUCGAGCGGCAGAACCAAAAAGGAGGAGCGGUGUACAUUUUCAUGAACGAGAACGGCUCCUUCCAGAAUGUUUCCACUAAAGUGCUUAAGGGUCCGGCGUAUUCAGGCUUCGGCUUCGCGGUUGCCGCCAUCGGAGAUGUCAAUCAGGAUGGGUUCCAAGACAUUGCUGUGGGAGCGCCGUUCCAGGAUUCUGGGCGGGUCUACAUCUGGAUGGGAAGUAAAAAGGGAAUCUCGGAUAUGUGGAGCCAGGAGAUUAAGGGAAAAUCAGUGGGCGACGGUAAUUUUCAAAGCUUUGGCUAUUCCAUCGAUGGAGGGAUGGACAUGGAUGGCAACAGCUACCCUGACAUGGUGGUCGGGUCUUUGGAUGACCGCGUGGCUCUGAUCAGAGCACGUCCAGUAAUCCACCUAACCAAGAACUUCACCGUGACACCUUUUAUUGUGGAUCCCAGUCAGUGCACCAAUGAUAAAGCAUGCAUUACAGCUACUGUUUGUAUGUCCUUCACACUGAGCAAUGGGAACAAAUACUUCAAGAGGAACGUCGUGGUGGACUACACAGUGGAAGCCGGUGUGGGAGAAUUACGAAGACGCGUUCAUUUCCAGGAUGACCACUCCACAAUAACCAGAUCCUUAACCUUGUCGUCCUCCGAAUCCAUUUGUGAAACCCUCAACGUUUUUGUGAAUACUCCUGUCAGGGACAAACUGGACCCCGUGAUUUUUUCCGUCAACAUGUCGCUGCAGAAUCCAAACUCAAAGGCCAGGCGCUCCCUGCAGAACCUGGACGCCUUCCCUGUUUUGAGUCAGGAGCAGAAGCUCGUCCACAAGGCCGAGAUUCACUUUCAGAAGGAGUGUGGAGAUGACAAUAAAUGUAGCAGUAACCUGAAGCUCAAGGCCGAGUUUGUUGAUGAGAAAGAAAAUCCUUACCCCAGGAGAGACGGGAUGCAGGUGCUCCAGUACGACAGGAAUAUGAGGAUAAUAAUCGGGCUGAAGGUGGACGUGACCAACUUGAAAUCCCCCGGAAAAGUGGCUGAAGAUGCUCACCAGACCAUGCUCAACGUCACCUUCCCCACCACUUUGAGAUACUCCGGCGUCAGACCUUCAACGUAUCAAUGCCACUCCAACGAUCAAAACAAUGGAGUCCUUUGUGAAAUCGGGAAUCCUGUGAAAGCUGAGGACACGAAUUCCCUGCGGCUGCUGUUUGAGACGUCAGACAUCGAUCUGAACACAAAUCUGAUCGAGUGUCAGCUGCUUCUGUCAACUGUCAGCGAACAGUCGGACCUGAAGCCCGAGGCGCUGAAAAUCCAGAUCGAGAACACCAUUCAUCCCAAUUUCGAAAUUAAAAAUCCGAUUGUGCGAACAAAAUUUGGUGGGACGGUGAUGGGCGAGUCAGCGAUGGUCAACAGCAGUGACGUCGGCAGUCUGGUGGAGUUCACCGCCACCGUGGACGUGGAGGAACAACCGCUGGGAGACUUGGGGAUGCUUGCUGUGGAGUUUGAGUGGCCCUUAGAGGUGGCGAACGGCAAGUGGCUGCUGUACCUGACGAAGGUCGUCGUCAAGGGCGAAUCGGAAACGGAAUGUGACGCUGGAGGACACGCCAACAGUCUCAACCUCACUUUGUCGCACAGACGAUCCGGACGUACCAAGCGGCAGGCUGACAACAACAACGCUGAUGAGAAGUUUCAGAGCGAGAUGAACGAGCCACAACCUGUCAUCACGCAGUUCACGCCACGAAAGGAGUCCUACGUGCUGGAUUGCGCUGAGAGGACGGCAAAGUGUGUGACCUUUUCCUGCCCGCUGCUGAACAUGUCCAGAACGGCUGAAGUCUACGUCCGCUCGCGGCUGUGGAACAGCACCAUGCUUGAGGACUAUUCCAACGCCCUGGACGUAAUCAUUAAAGGUCAAGCCACACUCAAGCUCAUCACAAAAAUACCCACUAUCAAAAUGGAAAACCAGCCCAGAGAGUUUAGGGUGCUAAUAGAGCCAGAAGAAGGAGUAGAAACGCCCUACGAGCUUCCCCUGUGGAUCAUCAUCUCGGCGGUUGUGGCUGGAGUUCUGCUGUUAGGGAUCAUCAUCGCCAUUUUAUGGAAGCUUGGGUUCUUCAAGCGAGCUCUCUACUACCGGAUAAUGCCAAAGCAUCGCGCGGUGAAGAUCCGCAGAGCCGAGCGUUAUCGGCUCAAUCUUGGAUUUGGUCCCGAGGAGCCGCAGAAAAAGUACUGGAUCACCAACUGGACAGAGAUGCAGCAUUUUUACUACUGAGGCCUUUGAGCCCCCGAACCACCCGCUGGUUCAGACGGAGGUCACCGAGUCGGGUCGAGACUUUGCACUUCCUGGACCAACGGCAGAAUGUGCUUUGAUUUUUAUCUUGUGCAAUAUGCUGAACAAUUUUUUUGAGAGAUUGUGAUAUUUUCUGAAUUCAGAGGCAUAUGCGAGUUUCCAGGGUGCAUUUAAGCGUAAAGCGACAUCGAUUCAUUGUUUUUUUAACCUUGUUUAUACUUUCAUUCAUCCUUACGUUUUUCUUUUUUAAACCUUUAAUGCCGGAGCUCCAGUGUUUAUGUUCUUUGAUUUACCGUAACUUUUCAAUCCUCGACAUUCCAGCAGAUUCAAGAAGAAAAGCGUCUGGCUUUGAAUCUUGUAAAUUUACAACUUAAAAUCUCGUAACUUUACGAUUUUAUUUUUGUAAAUAUAUGACUUUAAAUCUUGUAAAUAUAUGUCUUUAAAUCACCUAAGUUUACAACUUUUAGUUUUGUAAAUGUACUAUUUUAAAUCUCAUAAAUUUACUACUUUUAAUGUAGUAAAUUUACAAUAAUAAACCUGUAAGUUUAUGACUUUUAAUUUCUUAAAUGUACAAAUUUAAUCUUGUAAGUUUACGAGUUUUUAAAAAUAAAUUUACGACUUUUAAUCUUAUAAAUAUACAUCUGUAAAUGUACUACUUUUAAUCUAGGAUAUACGUCUUUAAAUCUCGUAAGUUUAUGACUAAAUUUCGUAAAUUUAUGACUUUAAUUCUAGUAAAUUUA